AUGGAUGCUCGUCGACCCUUUGGUUUUGCCUGUGCAACACUCGUUGUGCUUGUUCCUGUGCUGCUGCUUUGUUCAUCAACAUCAGUGAAGGCUGAGACGGAGGAGGAUUACUGUAUGAAUGUGAUUCUUGAUUUUAGCCCUUGCGUAAGUUUUGUAGCGGGUUUUCAACCAUAUGUGAUAGAUGCUUGCUGUGUAAACCUACUAUAUUUGAAUCGUUUAGCAGAACGAGAUAAUGGUCCGCGGAGGAUAUGUGAGUGCAUUAAGGACUAUUCUAAUUACUCCGAUCUUCCUUACAAUGCCACCCGAAUUCAACAGCUGUUUCCAAUUUGCGAGAUCCAUAAUAAGUUUCCCAUUUCUGAUAGCAUGGACUGCUCCAAGAUUUAA